AGUCAAAUAUCCAUUCUUUGAAAGUAAGCUACACACUUCCGAGUGGAGGAGCUUCAGCAGCACACGCACCGCCACUAUAAGCUGUGAGAGGCAACCGCGACGUCUCAUAAGUCGACUUAGUGCAUCAGGAUUUCAAGUGAUUUCCAUUGUUUCCCCAUUUGAGAAACGCUGCCAGUGAAAUUGGUGUCAUAAUUCUUUAGGAAAAUUGUCGAAGAUGUGUGUUAUGAUCUUUUAUCGAACAAACUGUGUGGACUGUACGCCGAGGAGCUUGUCCCUUGGCAUUGGCCUUAUCGGUUCGAUUAUUGCCGUGGUAUUUCUUGCAAUGACAUCCUUCAUGUUGCACGCUAGUAUCACUGAAGGCUACGAUCAGAAUUACCUGCCCUUAAGAGAUAGGACCGAUCUCGUCAUUGCAGCGUUAACUCUAAGUCUGCUUGCAAUGCCUUGUAGUAUCAUCCUUAUCAUAGGAGUCUGUAAGGAACGCCGUGUUUUGGUUCUCUCGUGGUUGUGCUUACUGGUUCUCCCAAUAGCUCGCGAUAUAACGACCAUCUUCUUCGCAUUAGCGUCCACUGGAAAUGGAUUUUUAAUUGGGCUCUUCCUCUUCGAAAUCUGGUUCUACCUCCUCGGGUUCUUCGUGGUUCGUUCAUACGGCUCGACGUUGGCCUUUUACAACAGCAGUCUGAACCAGACAACUUCCGUAAACUUCGGAGUGGACGGAUCCAAGGUAUAAGGUGGGAGGGACUCGGCUUUCCGGCGGCGUAGAACGGGAAGAACAAGAACAGUCAAAAGAAAGUCCUUCAGAGUGUACCGCAGUGUUCGAUUUGUAUAUACGACUGAUGGCGUUUUGUUAUGCUAAUACGCUUUUUGUGUAUAUGUAUGUAUGUUCGUGUUUACUUCUGUUUAUGCGUAUGUAUGAAUAUUCACGCAUUGUAUGUGGUUAAGUACAAAAUUAUAUAUA